CUCCUGCUCCAGUCGGCAGCAACCCGGAAGCGGGCGGUGCUGGAGUCGGAGCCGUUUCCUGCCCGGGAGACGAGCGGCCAGGGUGGGAUCUGUUGCAGCGGACCUGAUCCGGAGCCAUGACUCACCAGACCGGCAUCCACGCCACAACAGAAUUAAAGGAUUUUUUUGCCAAGGCCCGGAACGGUUCGGUUCGCCUCAUCAAAAUCGUCAUCGAGGAUGAGCAGUUGGUGCUUGGAGCCUACAAAGAACUGUCUCGACGUUGGGAUAAGGACUACGACUCAUUUGUGCUGCCGCUGCUGGAUGAGCUGCAGCCAUGCUACAUCCUCUACCGCCUGGACACCCAGAAUGCACAGGGCUACGAGUGGCUCUUCAUCUCCUGGUCUCCUGACAACUCUCCCGUUAGACUGAAGAUGCUCUAUGCAGCAACCAGAGCAACAGUGAAGAAAGAGUUUGGAGGAGGGCAUGUAAAGGACGAGCUCUUUGGAACAGUUAAGGAAGACAUCUCGCUCAGCGGUUACCAGAAGCAUGUGUCGUCCUACUCCGCUCCGGCUCCUCUGACUGCAGCUGAACAAGAGCUCCAGCAGAUCCGCAUCAACGAGGGUAAAACAGCCCAGGAUCUUCAUUCCCUGGCCUCCAGCAGUGAGAUGGUCAAGACUGAAAUCAGCGUCGAAAGCAAACACCAGACCCUCCAGGGACUGGCUUUUCCUUUGCAGCCAGAAGCUCAGCAGGCCAUCCAGUUACUAAAACAGAAGAAGAUCAAUUACAUCCAGCUGAAGCUGGACCUGGAACAGGAGACCAUAGACUUGGUCCACACAAACGCCACUGAGAUAGCAGACCUGCCUAAAAGAAUUCCUCAGGAUUCAGCCCGUUACCACUUCUUCCUGUAUAAGCACUCUCACGAGGGAGAUUAUCUGGAGUCAGUUGUAUUUAUCUACUCCAUGCCUGGUUACAAAUGUAGCAUCAAGGAACGCAUGUUGUACUCCAGCUGCAAGAGCCGACUGCUUGACUCUGUGGAACAAGAUUUCUGCCUAGAGAUUGCAAAGAAGAUUGAAAUUGAUGAUGGAGCUGAGCUGACAGCAGAGUUCCUGUACGAUGAGGUCCACCCCAAGCAGCAUGCCUUCAAGCAGGCCUUUGCCAAACCCAAGGGGCCUGUGGGAAAGAGGGGACAGAAGCGACUUAUCAAAGGACCAGGCGAGAAUGGCGAAGACAGUUAAACCCUCGUGGACAGGAGGACGGGUCAGGAAAGGGGCUGCGGGUGCCUACCAGCCUCUGGAAUCGCAGCUCCAACCAAAUCCACUUCUCUGCAUCUGAGCCUGUCCACCGAACUCCAGAGCUGUUUCCUCCAUCUCUUCUUUCAAAGUCGUCUCCACCUGGUUUCAUUAGGGGGAGGGAGGGUAGGAAUCUGAGGGCAGGGAGGAAGAGAGAGAACUUCCAAGCCAUUUCUCUUCCUUUUUGCUCUGUCGUCGUGUAAAUCCUGGGAGGGAGGGUAACCAUAACUGUUCUAGAUUGAAAUGACUCUUGAAACUGAUGCUCCUGUUUACUGCUUCAUAUUGUCACCUGGUUUACUUGGAAUCGGCACCAUUCAAAGGAUUUUCUUCACCACUUAUCUGGGGUGGGGUAUUCACACGCAAAGAGCAGAACUGUACCUACCCACCCACCUCCACAAAAAACCUUCCAAAUGCCUUUUUUCUCACUGUUACAAAACAGUGCAUCAAUAGUCUUUGGAAAUUCCCAUACAAUUAAUGUCACGCUUUACCAAGAUGGCAAGUUUGCCUAGGAGUUGACUCAGUGCUCACUAUUUGAGGUUUAAGGAGUGUGUUCCAGGGAUUAACACUGCAGCAGGAUCUCCCCUCCCCUCCCCCUUUUUUCUUUAAAACCGUGGAGUUGGUGGGCGAGGUGCUAAAGGUUAGUGGGAUUUGCUCCAACGGCAGAGGUGUGUUGUUUGGAUGAAGAAAAGCUGUUCGUCUCCAGGCAGCUGAAGGAGAGGCAGCUGUUCCUGAUAGUGGCUCUCAUUUCACCAGUGAAGAGGCUUGGCAUCCAGUUCUAGGCCUUACCAGGUAGCCUUGUUUGUGGCGCCACAAAUCCACAUACAGGUCCUAGAUUUCACUGUCCACUUUUAUGAGUUUUGUAAAGCUGUUCCUUGGAGACCACUACACAGUUUCUCUCCCAACCUCCUCUGCCUCACUUUGAUGGCUCAUUGUUGCAGCCACAUGAGAAGACAAGAGCAAUUAGAAAUAUGGAAGAUUGUUGGUGCAAUCCCUGCCCAGUUCCUCUUGGUUGGCCCUUUGACAUUCUUAAUUUAAGGCUGCCACUUCUUCUUCUUCUUUUGUCACCUCCAUGUAUAGCUCUGGUAUGCUUUACCGCACAUUGCCACACCAGCACCUCACCUUUCAAUUGGCUCCCAGCCAAAUGGCCGUGUCAACUUACCUAGCUGUUGCUCCGACUUACAGGAACUGCCUUUUCUCAAGCUAGAUGGUUCCAAAUGUUGCGUUCAACUGGCCGUUGGCUGUGAAGCCUUUGGGCUCCUUGGCCCAGUGACGCAUUUGCUCAGGUGUCAUCAUCCUCCUCCCCCGAUCGUGACACCUGCACUGGCACCUGCAGGUUACAAUGCAAAACCACGCUGAUCCUUAGCUAUACAGUAAAGCUUUGCCAAGCUAAGGGAAUAUUGGCACUUCCACAGGAUGCUGAACGCUGAACAGGUUGUCUUCUUCAUGGGAUGCACUUUCCCCGUGACAGAUGUUGUUCACCAUGGCGGGAAUGUUCUGUGCCUGAGAGUGAUUGCUGCAGAUUCACGUAAACCAGGUGGAAGGAAGGGGCAGCUGCUGGUGUGGCAGUGUUACCCAUGUGCAGGGGAGGCUGGAGCAGCUCAUGAUGGAAGGGCAGUUGCAUUGCCAGGGGUGGUGGUGGUGGUGGAAGAAGUCUUCUCGAUCCGCUCUGAAUGCAAGAGUAGAAGUAGGCCCUGACUCAGCUCAAGCCAGCAAUGUGACCCAGAUUGGGGACUUCUGAAACCCAUUGUAGUAGAUGACGAUGUGUUCAUUCCAUGGGGGUCACUGAAUUUAACAUGCAUGAUUAAACUUCUCCUUCUGACCCCUAGGGAGCUUCUUAGUGGUCUGUUUUGUAUCUCAUAAAAAAAAACUCCACACAAAUACUAAGCCUUUUUCUCCCUUUACUCUUUUUUUCUUUUCUUACAUAGCCAAUUGUGUGGUGUUAGCUUGAUGGCUUUGAAUCGUGAUUUCUUCCCUGCCCCUCCCCCCCUUUUAAUGAAGUCAGUGUAUUCUUUUGAAGUCUACAGAAGAGGCAGAUAAUUUAAGCAGCAAAGAAUGCUGCAACAGUUGUGAAGGAAAGAGCCUGGGUUUUCUCUAGCUCGCUCAUUCCCAUGGUGGAAACAGCUGGGACUUGGGCCUACGAUUCAAGAAAGGAAGGGCAGGUUUCUCCCAAGUUCAAAGCACACUGCCCUAGAGCAGUUUCAAGUAUCUGGCUUUUUAAAAAUGAUUUUAAAAAUACAGAACAGCUCAUGCCAUAAAUUCAGAGGAGAAACCUAGAUUUUAACUCUCCCAUAAUCUUUUUAUUUUCUUGAGAGGUAUGCUGGAAGGAUCGAUAAGAAGACAUUGAUUAGGUUCAAAGUUAGGCCUAGCUCAGCAUGUCACGUUCAGCCAAGAGGAUCCAGAUUCAAAUAGGGAUAAUGAAAUCCUCUACUGGGGGUUUUCUCUCUCUUUUGCCUAUAUUUUCUGUGACCAAAACCCAAACUGUCAAGCUACAUUCAGGGA